UGUUAGUUAGUGUGGUUGGCUGUGGUGCUAGGGGGAGAGAACAUGUAUGAAUUUUAAUAGUAACAACUACUGAAAACAACUUAGGUUGUUUCACGUGUGGUCUGGUAAACAUUGAAAACAUUAACCCCUUGACUUUGGACAUAUCUUUAAGGGGAAGAAAGAGCUAACCAUUAGGAAGGGGAAAAAAGAGGUGUGACUGUCAACCUUAAUAGACAGCCGGGAGCGGGUCAAGCUGUCUGCAAGGCAGGUAUACCACCAGGCUAUGUACUGUCAAAAGCCCGUGGUAAAGAUAAAAUCAGAAAAAAUCGUGAAAAGGUAGACUAACAGGGGAUAGCGGUGUGGUUAAGCACAGGGAGGAAGAUAAAACAGAGAAACCGAUUCUUUGUUUCCAGACAGCUGCCCGCAGCUGUGAAGACUAUGUGAAGGAGGAGACGGCAGGUUAUGUUUUUCGAAGAGGGGAACAUGUGCGGGAAGGGCCUGAUGUGCCAGUGGCGGGUGUUGGGCGGCCGGGCCGACAGCCACGCCGAGAAAAGUCAAGCGAAGCUCGGGGACUCCAGGAGAGCAAGCGGCAGGCAUCGCUGGCACAAGAGCGGGAGGAGGCCGAGUUACCAGGGGAGGAGGGGCAGGGCGCCCGGGCACCCCCAGCGCUACCGCAGGAAGGGCCGGCCAGCCCCCUGGCCCCCGGGCGCGGUGUCGUUACGCCCGGUCAACGUGAAGGGCAACAGGGCGCCGGGCAUGAGGGCCCCCCGGAACACUAACCAGUUCUUAAUGCACGAGAAGUACCAGCUGCUGCACAUGCGGUCCGACUCGGUCGGCACGGACAGCGGGUCCGAUUGCGAGGUGGACUUCACGGACAUGGACUCCUAUCUGGGCGUGCUGGAGAACGCCCGGGGCGCGCUGAUGGACAGCCCGGACCCGUCGCCGCCUCCUUCGGCCAGGUUGUCCCCCCGGCAGCCGGCCAAGCGCCAGCAGCGCCCGUUCUUCGGCUUUGGUGACAUUCACCAGGAAGAGAGCAUGCAGUACUUCCCUUCCGAGGACGACGUGCUGCAGAGUGAGGACUUCAUGCAGAAGGAUUUCAUCGAGUUCUUUAACGCGGUUUCCUAGCGCUGUCUGCUGAGGAGGGGACUGAUGGGCAACAUGUCCUGUCCGUGUUGUCAAACGUGCCGUUUACCACGACCUUUUUUUUUAUAUAACGUACAAAAAAACCAAAAGGUAUUUAUUUUGUCAUUGUAACCAAGUUGGUUCAUUCGGACUCUUUUGCCAAAUGUUUGUUAUCCGGAGCUUGUUGUGUUGCGUCCAGACAAGGAGGGUGUAUUAAGUGGGAGUCCUCCCAAACAGCCAAUCGGUGUCGGGACUUCUGAAAGGGUCGGACUUUUCUUUGCAUUUUUUUUUUUAACCCACUGCUACCUGAUGCCAAUGCAAUUGUAAAAAAAUGUGCCGAAACUUUAUUCGAAUAAAAGUGAUAACGUCCA